AUGGUGCGACCUCAUGGCAAGGUUGUGCUGCGCGAGCAGCUCAAGAAGGACAAGCGCUUCACUGCCAGUCAGCGAAGGGCAGCUUUCGCCCAGACCGAUCGGUACGCGCUCGAGUGCAGGGCCUUCAUAAUGGCGGUCGGCAGGCGGCGGGUCGAGGCUGACGCGCGGCGAGGGGUGCCUUGGCCUGUCUGUGCGGCGAUGUUGAGGCAUCUAUGGGUCCAGCAAGAGGUGGCUCGACGCCUUUUGAGCCUGGUGGUACUCCAACCGCCCUGCCGAGUGGUGUUGAACGGGCAGCCGCAUGUGCCGUUUGAUUCAUUCUCGACCAGUGAAUGGCAAGACAACUUUGGUCUGACGGGCCUCGACCAGCUCGACCGGUUGGCAGCGGUAUUGCCUUUCGAGGACGGCCAUUUUAUUGUGCCCACGCGCGAAGCCCUGCUCGCCUUUUUUGCUGUGUUUCAUCGCCCAGGACGCCAAAGCGUAGAGGGUCUGCAAAGACUGCGUGUGUCAUGGUCGGCUUCCAAGAUAUCCAUUGUCGUGCGAAGCUUCUCGAAGGAACUCGUCCAGACCUUUCACAGCCGUAUCUUGUUUGACAAGCGGUACUUUACUCGAUCCUGGCGACAAUUGGCCAAAAUUGCCGUGGCCCGAAAGUUCUCAGACCUGGAAGGGAUUUUUGCCGUGAUCCAUCGCACAGGCCAGUCCAUUGCUCGCGCGAGUGGUGAUACUGACGUCCAGCAGUCCCUGUAUUCAAGCAUAGACAGCCGACAUGAGCUACGAUACCAGGCCAUUGUUACACCCAAUGGUCUCAUCACAUCCUUCUAUGGGCCGUUUGAAGGACUGCUUGCUCGGUUGGAGUCGAUGAUCCCAGUUGGAGAGAACUGCAAGUUGUUGGACGACCAGGCCUACGAGGAGUCACGGCUACUUACCAAGCCAAGGCAACGUGGCACGGCCCACGACGACGAUGCGGCUUCGCGGAUGCUUGGUCGUGCCCGCAUUGCCUGUGAACGGGCAAUUGGGGCAAACGACCAUGGUGUUGAGUCGCGUUUUGAGGGGUUGCACCAACCUCAGUAUAUGCGUGUGCAACAGCGGCCAGUGCUCAGCAACAUGCUGCUCUGUGAUGAGCACACCAACCCAGUCCAUAAUUAUUUUGACCGUGUCAUGCCUGUGCCCACUCUUGCCGAAUACAUGUCGGCCGAAGCCUCGAGUAGCUCCUGA